AUCUCUAGUGUAAAUAUUGAACUAUGUUUUAUCUCUAGAGUAAAUAUUGAACUAUGUUUUAUCUCUAGUGUAAAUAUUGAACUAUGUUUUAUCUCUAGAGUAAAUAUUGAACUAUGUUUUAUCUCUAGUGUAAAUAUUGAACUAUGUUUUAUCUCUAGAGUAAAUAUUGAACUAUGUUUUAUCUCUAGUGUAAAUAUUGAACUAUGUUUUAUCUCUAGAGUAAAUAUUGAACUAUGUUUUAUCUCUAGUGUAAAUAUUGAACUAUGUUUUAUCUCUAGAGUAAAUAUUGAACUAUGUUUUAUCUCUAGUGUAAAUAUUGAACUAUGUUUUAUCUCUAGAGUAAAUAUUGAACUAUGUUUUAUCUCUAGUGUAAAUAUUGAACUAUGUUUUAUCUCUAGUGUAAAUAUUGAACUAUGUUUUAUCUCUAGAGUAAAUAUUGAACUAUGUUUUGUCUCUAGAGUAAAUAUUGAACUAUGUUUUAUCUCUAGAGUAAAUAUUGAACUAUGUUUUAUCUCUAGAGUAAAUAUUGAACUAUGUUUUAUCUCUAGAGUAAAUAUUGAACUAUGUUUUAUCUCUAGAGUAAAUAUUGAACUAUGUUUUAUCUCUAGAGUAAAUAUUGAACUAUGUUUUAUCUCUAGAGUAAAUAUU